CGCUUUGAGAACGGAGCAAGUUUGUCCCUGGCGGCGAGCCGUCCCGACGCUGUCCUGCAGCAACAUGGCGGCCGUCUCAAUGUCAGUGUCGCUCAGGCCCGCGCUGUCGGGGCGAAGGGCAAUGGCUGCAGCGGCCUUUUCCGUGUCCAGGCUUCCGAUCAGGCUGUUGAGCACGUCCGCAUGGCGACCGGCACAGGACCAGACUCGAGACAGGCAGCUCAUAACAGUUGAUGAAAAAUUGGAUAUCACUACUUUAACUGGGGUUCCAGAAGAACAUAUCAAAACUAGAAAAGUCAGGAUCUUUGUUCCUGCUCGCAAUAACAUGCAGUCUGGAGUACACAAUACAAAGAAAUGGAAGAUGGAGUUUGAUACCAGGGAACGCUGGGAAAAUCCUUUGAUGGGCUGGGCAUCAACGGCCGAUCCCUUAUCCAACAUGGUUCUGACUUUCAGUACAAAAGAAGAUGCCAUUGUCUUCGCAGAGAAAAAUGGAUGGAGCUAUGACGUUGAAGAGAGAAAGGUUCCAAAACCCAAGUCCAAGUCUUAUGGCGCCAACUUUUCUUGGAACAAAAGAACAAGAGUAUCCACAAAAUAGGUUGGCACUGACUGUGGACAAAGUCAGCUGUGCAGUAUUUGUAGUCCAUGUAUGAUACAUCUCUUAAUCUCCUAAUAAAUUUGACCUUUAAGCUCCAAA